AUGGACUCCCAGACCUGCCAGGAGAGGCAGCCCAGUGACCAGCCCAGCAGCAGCAGCAAUUGUAGCAGCAGCAAAAGUCAUUGUGAACGGGAAAGGAUCCGGAAUCAGAUGAAAAUGGUGAUCGGACAACUGGAAGGCAUCCUACAGGAGCUCAAGGAGGUGGCCAAGGAGCUCCGGGAGGUGGUGAGCCAGAUUGACCGCCUGACAUCCGACUUCGAGUUCGAGCUGGAGCCGGACGACUGGACCACUGCGACAGCCAGCAGCUCCUCCAGCAGCGAGAAGGGGGGGGGCACCUUCGAGCUGGGACCCCUGGACUUCACCACCUCCGACAUCCUCUCUGACAGUUGGGAAUUCUGCUCCUUCCUGGAUGCUUCCACCCCCUCCGACCCAGGCGACGGAGCGGAGCCCCCCCGGCCGCACCCGCAGCCCCCCCCGCCUCGCCAGCCCGAUUACCGGCUGAUGAACGGGGGGAUCCCCAUCGCCAACGGGCCCCGGGAGGGGGGGACCCCGGAUUCAUCCAGCGAGGAAGCCUUCGGGCCACCAACCAGCCAGAAGGUCCCCUCAGCCCGCCCGCCCGGCACUCGGGAACGGGUGCGGUUCAGCGACAAAGUUCUGUACCACGCCCUGUGCUGCGACGACGACCGGGAGGGUGACAACGAGGCGGUGUCCCCCGGGGAGGGUGGCCCCGAGGAGACCGGCAGGAAGGUGGCGGCGGGGCCACCCCCCAGACGUGCUGGAGGCAGCGGGGGGACGGGAGCCCCGGGCCGGAGGCUGACGAGGAACAGCAGCACCCAGACCGUGGCGGAUAAGAGCACCCAGACGGUGCUGCCUUACGUCCCCCCCAGGCAAAGAAUCCACAAUAAAAACUGA